AGCCCGUUUCAAACCAGGCCACGCCUCUAACCCCCCGAUACAGAGCUGAUUCUGUUCUUUGUCUCUCCUCGUAUCGUGUCCUCUCUCACUUUCCUCUUUCACUUCUCAACUCCAUCUUCACCUCCUUUCCCAGCAGUACUCUCAACGUUGCGAUCUAACCUUUGUGCUGCUUCAUUCUUAAUAUCCGGGGCCUCGUCAUCUGCCGCGUCUACUCCUCUUUCGAAGCGUACAUCUACUCCGCUCUACUCCCAGGACAGUCCGCGACUUGUCAAGAGCACUAUCCACACCGUCCAACGCAUCGACACCCACCUAUACCAGCGCCAUCGCAUCUUCGGUGCUCUCCACAUGGUGAUCCGUGGCUAGGACACAUACCCGCACAGCAUGCGCAUUCUAAACUUCUGGCACCUGCUCUCGGCAGCAGCGCUGGCAUCGGCAGCUCAUCUCCCUCCUCGAAACUACAACACCCACGAUUAUUACGCUAUCCAUCUGUCUCCGUCGACGUCCCCAUCCGAGUUAGCCGCCCAUCUCGGUCUUACUUACGAUGGCCCCCUCGGGUCCCUUGUCGACCACCACCUAUUCAAAGCACCAAAACAUGCAAAUGACAUCGUUGACGAUGCAAGACAAGAACUCAAGAGAAGGAGGCGGAAGCGGGAAGCCGGUCCAGAGCCACAUACCUUGGACAGCAUACAGUUUACACAAAAACAAAAGAUAAAGCCCCGGCAUGUGAAACGCAGUGUGAUCCCAAAAGAUCCCCAAGGAGUGGCUUCACCAAAGGCUGCCAUACAAUUGCAGAGGCAGAUCGCUAACACUCUCGAGAUCAAAGACCCAAUCUUUGAGGAGCAAUGGCACAUUUUCAACGUCAAAGAUACCGGGAAUGAUCUCAACGUCACUGAUGUUUGGCUCUCGGGAAUCACCGGCAAAGGAGCCACGGCCUGCAUUGUAGAUGAUGGUCUGGAUUUCGAAAGCGAAGACUUGAAAGACAAUUUCUAUGCUCAAGGCUCUUACGAUUUCAACGAUCAUACCGAUCUUCCGAGACCAAAACUUUCCGACGACCGCCACGGCACGAGGUGUGCAGGAGAAGUUGCUGCCGGAAGGAACAACGCAUGUGGUGUGGGCAUAGCCUAUGAUGCCAAAAUCUCAGGCGUUCGCAUUCUCUCCGGCGACAUCACCGAUGCAGACGAGGCAUUGGCCAUCAACUACGAUCUACAAAACAAUGACAUUUACUCUUGCUCCUGGGGUCCGCCUGACGAUGGCAAGACCAUGCAAAAACCAGGCAUUCUCAUUGAGAAGGCCAUGGUCACUGCUGUCCAAAAGGGUAGAGGGGGAAAGGGCUCGAUCUACGUCUUCGCCGCGGGCAACGGUGCUGCAGCCGACGACAACUGUAACUUUGAUGGCUACACGAACAGCAUUUACAGCAUUACAGUUGGCGCGAUCGACAAGAAUAACGUCCACCCCUACUACUCGGAAGCUUGUUCCGCUCAACUCGUUGUAACGUACAGCAGUGGCGGCGGCGAUGCCAUUCAUACCACAGAUGUCGGCGCGAACACAUGCACUAGCCAACAUGGGGGCACAUCAGCUGCUGGACCCAUUGCGGUCGGUACAUAUGCACUUGUGUUGUCGGCUCGCCCUGAGUUGACCUGGCGCGACAUGCAAUGGCUCACUGUCAUGACUGCGGUUCCGUUCGACCAGCCUAGCGAUUGGAACAAGACUUCUCUUGGGAAAAUGUUCAGUCACCAGUUCGGAUACGGAAAGCUGGAUGCAUAUGCCAUUGUCGAAGCAGCAAAGACUUGGGAGCUGGUCAAGCCGCAAGCCUGGUUCUACUCUCCCUGGAUGCAUGUCAAGAAGCCAAUUCCCCAAGGCGAUCAGGGUCUUGCAAGUGUCUUCGAAGUAACGGAGGAGAUGCUGAAGAAGGCUAACUUUGAGCGUGUGGAGCAUAUUACCUUGACUAUGAACAUUCAGCACCAACGCCGUGGCGAUCUCAGUGUCGACUUAAUCAGUCCCGAUGGCUACGUGAGCCACUUGUCUACAGCUCGUCGUGACGAUGAAGCUGCUAUUGGAUAUGAAGACUGGACAUUCAUGAGCGUUGCUCAUUGGGGCGAGAAAGGCAUUGGCAAGUGGACAGUCGUUGUCAAGGAUGUCAAGGUCAAUGACAAGACGGGAAGCUUUACCGAUUGGAAGCUUCGCCUGUGGGGAGAAAGCAUUGAUGCCGAGAAGGCAAAACUCCGCCCACUUCCUGAUGAGCACGACGAUGAUGAUCACGAUGUCGUGGACAACCAUCCAGCUCACACCACUUCUGUUGUUGUACCUACUGCCACAGGAGCUCCAGGAGAAAAGCCAUCCGACCACCCAGACCGCCCUGUAAACCAGAAGCCCUCUGCCGCAACCUCAUCCGUUUCGACUACGCCAGCUUCGCCUACUGCUGAUGCCUCUGCCACUGCCUCGAGCGCCCCCGAGAAUUUCUUACCAUCUCCAUUCCCCACUUUUGGUGUGUCGAAGCGCACCCAAAUUUGGAUCUAUGGUGCUCUGGGACUAAUUUUAAUCUUCUGUGGCAGUCUAGCAGUUUAUCUCUACCUUGCCCGCAGGAAGCGACUACAAUCCACCCGUGACAACUACGAAUUCGAAAUGCUUGACGAUGCAGAGGACGAUGAAGGCGGUGCAAGGACAGGUAUGCUUAGCAACGCAGCGGGCGGAAAGAAGGGCAAGAGGGCAAGGAGAGGAGGAGAGCUCUAUGAUGCUUUUGCCGGAGAGAGCGAUGAAGACUUGCUGAGUGACAGCGGCGAUGAGGGCCCAUACAGGGAUCGCGAGGAGCGAGAUUAUAACGAAAAGGCUGGUAUCAAUGAAGACAGUGAUACUGGAGGCAGCAGCUCGAGCGCAAGCUCGGCGGGGAAGAGACAAUAGAUACUCUGCGUGUGAUGCUAUAGCUCGCACUGGCUUGUAUCUACCAUUUGAAGGCGUUGAAUUGGGUUUUACUUCUGAGUUUUAUAAGCAUUGACGGUGCCCAUCUAAAAUUUUAAGGAAUAUUUUAAGUCCCGUGAA